GAGAGAACAGUUACAACUAAAACGAUUCAUAUUGAUUUGAUUUAGCACGAUACGUCUGCGAGUGCGACAUUUACAGUAAUGUUUUUUUUCGCGUUAUUGAGGUAAGCGGCAACUCAUUGACUUUGAGCGAUCAUAUUGAUUCAUAUUGCUAUUAUAAGGGCUUGCUAAGCUCUUUGAACAAAUGGUGAAGUGUUUUAGACCACUUGGUUUUGGUUCAAGUAGAGCUUUGCUGUUGAAGUGCCGCGACUGUUCGAGCAAACUGGAGACAGAGAAGUGUUUAAAAGUUGUUAAUAUGUUAAUUGACCAAAAUGCUUGCACCUCUACGAUUGUUGUUACACUAUGAAGUAACCUGUGGCAGUAUUCUAUACAAGUACAGUGGUCAGCGUAGUGGACAGCUGGCCGAGCUUACACAUGGCGAGACCCUGUAAGUUCGGAAGUAAAAACUUACCCAGCAAAUUUUUUAGUUCAAGACAUGUAUUGCUAAGGUUUACGAGUCAAUCUGUCCAUGGCUGUUCAUUAACGACCUCUCAAGAAAGGCUAUACUACAAAAGUCGGCUAGUAGUCCCGAAAACCACUACGGGAUCUAGAAAACGACCGGAAAUCUCCUAUACGUGAACUGGUUCUAAAUACAUUUUUAUCUAGUUCGUAGCGCUCUAGGUUGUUGUUACUAUCCAAAAAACUGGUGACAUACGAACCAGAACUCGUUCAACGACUGCGUUUGUUGUGGUCAUUGUUGUAUCGAAAACUGUGCAUUAUUGAGUUACCGGUGUUUCUCAUUUGGUGUCAAAAGUGAAGCUUUUAUUAAGCUCAUACACAAGAACAACAGCGACAAUUAAAUACUCCAGUAAACAAGGCCCGAAGAUGAAUGUUCCAAUCGUAAGCUCAGCAGGCACCAGCUUUGUGCUGUCCCAACCGACAAUGAGUCCUCAUAGCCAAAUGGCUCCACCGGACGCUCCAGCGACAUCGACACCUACAGCUCAACAGAUGGCUAUAUCAACACCUCCGCACGUUGCAAGUCCUCAUAUGGCAUCGUCACCCGUACCGCAAUCGCCUGCUACCAGUAUUCAGUUUUCGCAGGGGCCCACCUCUGUAGGUGCUGUUAUAUCCCAGUCGCCUACAGUUAUCCAAACAAUGGCUCAAGGAGGCACCACCUUACAAUUCAAUUCGCAAAUGCCGGUUCUUCAACAGGGCACUCUAAGUCCCGCCGGUUAUAUCCAGCCGCUGUACCAAACAACGUCUACCGGACAACAGCAGAUGCUAUUAUCUCCUGCAAGCAGUUUGGCUAUACAACAACAAUUAGGACAAGGUCAAAUCACAGUGAUGGCAGGCCCCCAGACGCAAAAUACGCAACAGAAAAUAACACAGGAUAGUCAAGGUAAAACGGUAUUGACCAGUGUGGCAGCCGGCCAAGCAAAUAAAGGCGCCCAAGUGAUUACCAGUCAAGCUGGGACUGUCUCCGCCGUUGGCGGAAAAAUGACGGUCGCAGCGAGCAACAUCAUGGCUGGUUUGGCUGGCGCGCACAAAGGAAGCCCUCAGCCAACCGGGCAGAUUGUUACCGGUGUUGCGCCUCAAGCACAAUUUGUCACUCAGCCGGGUAACAACGGUCAGACACUUCUGAUUAGCCCUUUAAGCAUGCUUGGCGCUCAAGGCGGUAUGGUUCAAAGUAUGGGCGGCAUGCUUCAGGCGGCUCAGUCGCCACAAGGUCAGGUAGGAAAAGCUGGCCAAGGUCAGCAGACACAGGUGGCGCACAAAUUUCUGCCGGCACAGCAAAAAGGCACCCACAAUCCCGCUUCAUUACAACUCGCCGGACUUCCACCAGGAACACAGUAUCGCCACCUCAGUUCCGCCGGACAGCAGCAGCUAAUUGCUGGUCAAGUAGGCGUUGGCCAGGUGGGCACUGUUGGUCAGCCAGUACUAGGCCAGGCGCAGACUAUACUCGGCUCACUUCAAACGUUCAAUGCGUUUGGAUCUGGUCUUCCUUGGGGUCCAGGGCAGUUGUCGGGUCAACCUUUGCUACAAUCGCCUAUCCUUAUUCGAAACCAACACGAUGGCAGCGUAUACAUUCAAAGUGCACCGGCGCCCCAACAUGCACAGCAACAACACCAACUACAGCAAGCAACAACGACCACAGUUCAGGUCCAGCCUCAACAAUUACAGAAUACUGCAGGACCGCUAGGUGGACCUACAGGCGUACCUACAGUUCAGCAAGUGCAGGCGGGCGUCGCAGGCACAGUUUUGCCCGGCACGGUCAUGCAUCAUGCUGGAGGUGUACCGACGCUUGUGCAAGCUCAACAGCCUCCUUCAGCGCAGCAAACGCCUCAACAGACACCAUCAGCUCAGCAAGCGCCAACCUUAGGGCAAACGCCUCCGCCGGGUCAGCCAGGAGGGGCUCAACAAAUCACCCAACAAACUACUGUAGCAACGGGGACAGCACCUCCACCAGCUGCUUCCCCCUCACACCCACAUGGAGCCUUCCAGUCAAUGCAGCAUCUCUCAGUUCAAGCAAAUGGCCAGGUCGUCACAGCCGUUCAAAGUCCAAUGCAGGCAGCUGUUGCUCCUCGUGUGCAGCGCCCGAUAACAUCUCAGCAGCCAUCAGCGGCCGUUGGAGUUAAAGUGUCAGCGGGUUCGCGUAACGUACGAGGUAUUGCUGCGCGCCCAGCCAAUGGAACAGGUUCAGGUGGUGCAACGAAUGCUGCAACACCGCCUAAUUCCCAACCGCCAACGCCUGGCCCUGCGGUGACGCCAACCACUUCGGCUGAUGCCGAAAAUAUCAAAUCGAUGUCCGUGACUCAAACUGGUUCGUUGGUCGAUGACAAGGAACACGACGUCAGUAUUAUUAUGGACACAAGUUCCGUUCCCAAAGCGGUGGCAGCCGGCGCGGACUCGAAGCCUGUUGCCACAACAAUCAACAUUCCGGAGAGUCAAACGGGCAGUCCGCUCAUCGGCGCGACGGUUGGUGUUCCCAGCUCGGCACACUCUGUACUGAAGGAUCCACCACCAAAUUCGUCUUUACACCCAGGUGCCGCAGUUCAAAAUCUUGAACUUGUUCAACAACCGAUUACAACGGUUCCAGUGGUGACACUUCCUGACGUCCUUGAUGUGCCAGAAGGAAACUCUGCAUCGCCUGCGAUCGGCGCACCAUUCCCAGAAGAUGCGGGUAAUGUGCCAGACACAAUUGAACAGGCGUCAGAGAUCUUGACGCACAUCAUAGAGGGUUAUGUAAUUCGUGAGAGUUCAGAACCUUUCCCUGUGAGUCGAAGUGCUCUGCUCAGCGAGAUGAUCCGGCGCGAACAAGUAUGUGCUGGCAGUAAGGAGCGCAAACGUAAAUUGGAAAACAACAAUGCCAAUAAAACGGUAGCCGCCACGACGACGGUCACCUCAGCAGCAACAGCGAUAACAACAACGACGACGACGACGACGACAACCACAACAACUACAACGACCACGACGACGACAACAACAACAACGACAUCAACUGGUGGUAAAGCUGUUGUGACAAGCAAUUCAGCAACAGCAAGUACCACCACUUCAACGAGCUACACCCUCAGCUCUGGAACAGCUGCGGCAGCUGCUGCUGCCAAUCUGGGUCUCGGAAUCGACCAACUCGGCCUAGACAGUGGUACGAAGUCGAGGCCCGCUGAGUUGGCAAAGGAUACCAAAGAAACAAGCACAGCAGGAGCGAACCUAGCUAGACCAGCGGAAAAUAUUUCCGAAAAUCAACCGCAGACUACUGACUCUCGAGCGACUGCCGUGGGACUGGCCCAGCCGGAUGCCGCGGCGGGAUCCGGCGGCGGCGAUGCGGACAGCGUUGGUGCACUUAACCGAAACCCAUCGGAGUGGAACGUUCAAGAUGUAUAUGAGUUUAUCAAAAGUGUACCAGGAUGUGCAGCGUAUGCUGAAGAAUUCCGCGCACAGGAAAUUGAUGGCGAAGCGUUGAUAUUCCUUUCUACCGAGCGGCAUUUAAUGUCUCAAAUGAACAUGAAAGUUGGUCCUGCAGCGAAAAUCUAUGCUCGCUUAGCUCAGCUUCGCAGCGACUACGGCAUAUAGAGACUACUGAUACGCUAAUUGACUAUGGCAGCCUUACAGCACUUCAAACCCUUAUAACUUUCGUGAUAAUAGACGAAACAAACGUAAUAGUACCUUAUACAGGUUUUAUUAGCAAUAGAUGACAAUGCUAUAUUUAGAGAGUUUUAAUGAUCAAAUUAUCAAUAAAUUCGAAGCAAACAGGAGAAAACAAAUCAAGCCUCGAACUAUAAUAGGAGGCUGGAGGCCUGUAACUUCUAUGCAGUCGUGUAGCAGGACUUGACAUCCAUGCCAUGACAUCUUUGUAGCGUGUCGCAAAGGGUAAACCGUGCCCUGCUGGUUUACUUUGUGCUUACGAAGCUAUAAUACAUGUUAGAGAGUUCAUUAUACUGACGACUUCCAGUAUUUAGUGACGUUGUAGCACUGAUCAAGCGCAUAGGCAUCCACUUGUGCCCGUGUUUUGAGCGUCAUGUUUCUGCCAAUGCCUCAGUGUCUGAAUGGUCAGUCACUUUCAUGUACAUAAAUAUGAAUGAAAUUCGCAGAUAAUUUUCCGUCCCGUCUGCGCUUAUCUGUGUGCAUAUAAUCUACUAUAUAUAUAUAUAUAUAUAUAUAUAUAUAUAUAUAUAUAUA